GCUCACCUCCUGCCUGCACUGCGACCUCUGCCUUGGUCACAGAGCAUGCCCACUAUACCACAGCAGUCAUGCUGCUCCCAGCUCACCUCCUGCCUGCACUGCCUCUGCCUUGGUCACAGAGCAUGCCCACUAUACCACAGCAGUCAUGCUGCUCCCAGCUCACCUCCUGCCUGCACUGCGACCUCUGCCUUGGUCACAGAGCAUGCCCACUAUAACCACAGGAGUCCUGCUGCUCCCAGCUCACCUCCUGCCUGCACUGCGACCUCUGCCUUGGUCACAGAGCAUGCCCACUAUACCACAGGAAUCAUGCUGCUCCCGGCUCACCUCCUGCCUGCACUGCGACCUCUGCCUUGGUCACAGAGCAUGCCCACUAUAACCACAGCAGUCAUGCUGCUCCCAGCUCACCUCCUGCCUGCACUGCGACCUCUGCCUUGGUCACAGAGCAUGCCCACUAUAACCACAGCAGUCAUGCUGCUCCCAGCUCACCUCCUGCCUGCACUGCGACCUCUGCCUUGGUCACAGAGCAUGCCCACUAUACCACAGCAGUCAUGCUGCUCCCAGCUCACCUCCUGCCUGCACUGCGACCUCUGCCUUGGUCACAGAGCAUGCCCACUAUACCACAGCAGUCAUGCUGCUCCCAGCUCACCUCCUGCCUGCACUGCGACCUCUGCCUUGGUCACAGAGCAUGCCCACUAUAACCACAGCAGUCAUGCUGCUCUCGGCUCACCUCCUGCCUGCACUGCGACCUCUGCCUUGGUCACAGAGCAUGCCCACUAUACCACAGGAGUCAUGCUGCUCCCAGCUCACCUCCUGCCUGCACUGAGACCUCUGCCUUGGUCACAGAGCAUGCCCACUAUACCACAGCAGUCAUGCUGCUCCCGGCUCACCUCCUGCCUGCACUGCGACCUCUGCCUUGGUCACAGAGCAUGCCCACUAUACCACAGCAGUCAUGCUGCUCCCAGCUCACCUCCUGCCUGCACUGCGACCUCUGCCUUGGUCACAGAGCAUGCCCACUAUACCACAGGAGUCAUGCUGCUCCCAGCUCACCUCCUGCCUGCACUGCGACCUCUGCCUUGGUCACAGAGCAUGCCCACUAUACCACAGGAGUCCUGCUGCUCCCAGCUCACCUCCUGCCUGCACUGCGACCUCUGCCUUGGUCACAGAGCAUGCCCACUAUACCACAGCAGUCAUGCUGCUCCCAGCUCACCUCCUGCCUGCACUGCGACCUCUGCCUUGGUCACAGAGCAUGCCCACUAUAACCACAGGAGUCCUGCUGCUCCCAGCUCACCUCCUGCCUGCACUGCGACCUCUGCCUUGGUCACAGAGCAUGCCCAUUAUACCACAGGAGUCAUGCUGCUCCCAGCUCACCUCCUGCCUGCACUGCGACCUCUGCCUUGGUCACAGAGCAUGCCCACUAUACCACAGGAGUCCUGCUGCUCCCAGCUCACCUCCUGCCUGCACUGAGACCUCUGCCUUGGU